AUGGAAUACAAAGAUGAAGAUCCUACUCAAUACCUCAUUAACAAAUACUCAUCAUCUAAUGAAGAGAUUCUAAGAAGCCUGUAUAAAAGCAAAUUUAAUGGAGAUAAAGACGCGAAAAUCCAACAUAUUAUAACAAAAUCAGUUGAUCUUUUUUCAUCUGACCCGAUUAAGUACAUUAAUACACUUUCUGAGUUAAUAUCGUUUUCAAAACAAAUAGAUUUCGAUUUACAACCAGAUGUUUUACAACGAAUCAUCGACCUUUCUGAAGAUCCUACAAUUCCACCAAGGAUUCUUACACCGCCUGAUCCAAAUCAUCCUCAAGUUAAAGCAAUUGAAUAUUCUGAAGAUAUAAUCGAAAAUAUUGAAAAACAUAGUGACGAAAUACAAGAAUUAACAUAUGAAGCCAUUGGAAAUCUUUGCGGUUGUUCAAACCUAAUUGAAACAUUCUGCUUUUACGGUCUUUUAAACGUUUUCACUGAAAAAUACAUGUUUGACGGUAUUUUAUUAGCAAUUGCAAACUACGCAAAAUACUGCAAAGAGUACCGUGAUAAUGUUAUUGGUUUUGGAAUAUUACAAAGCAUUGUUGAUCACAUAGAAUUUAAUAAUAAUUUUAACUAUGUUCGAUUAUGCAGACUUGCAAAAUCUUUAGUCAAUUAUGAUUUUAAGCAUCCUUAUAUUGAGAAUGGAUUCGAAGAAGAGUUUUUCAAAUUAACUUUCGAUUUUAUCGAAAAAUUGUGGUUCUACUGGGAAAUGAAGAAUUACGAUGAGCAGAGGCACUUAGUUAAAGCUCUUACAAUGGCAAUUUGCCAAGGAGUUAUGGAAGAUCAAAAUACAAUAUUUCAAUGGACAGAAAAAUUCCUUAACGUGUCAGACUACACAUACUCAAAAUAUAACAACAACCUUUCUCAGUUCUUUUUGGCAAUUUUUUCAAAUCUCGACGAUGAUUUUUGCUCAAGAUUGUUACAACUUCCAUUUUUCCAGUUUAUAAAUACAGCUUGCUUAGAUGGAGACAUACAUACCAAAUAUACUAAUGAACUAUUAGUUUUAUCAUGCAAAAAAUUCCGUAAUUUUAUUUUCUCAGAACAACUCUAUUUGAAUCUUAUUAAUGCUGUCCAAACAUUGAAGUUUGAAUUCAAACCCACAGUAAUUGAUGCAUUGGCCGUUCUUGUCCUAGAUUCAAAUGAUGAGCAAAUUAAACUAUUGGCAGAGUCACCAGAUGCUUUUAAUGCUAUUUGGAGUAUUGAAGCAGAGGUAGAGAAUGGAACCUGCUUCUCCAGAGUCAUGGCUCUUUGCAGAAUUGCUGAAACUUCUCAUAUACUUAAUAAUACAGUAAUAAAAGAUAUAGUAUUUGAAAACGAAGAUUUUGUUGAUUGGAUCAAUGAAAUCUACGACGUAACAUCUGAUCCAGAAUUUGCUGCCAACAAAGAUCCAGAUAUUGUUGACAAAUUCAACAUGACUUUAUCAACAUGGUUACUUAUACCACCAGAUGAAGAAGAAUAA